GCGGGGGAGGGUGACCUCCGGACCAGAGGACGGACGACCCACAAUGAAAUGUGUUGCCGAUUUGAGCAGCGCCUCCGUCAGCGCUAGCGCCACUCUGGACUUCUGUAGCAGCAGGUUCCGUACAGCUCAUUUACCCAGUGACGUAGGAAAAGAAUCCCGUGGGUUAAAACGGGAACCGACUGUGUUCGUUGGGCUCCAGACACGCGUGUCCAAAUCCUUUCAUUCACCGCACGACACUUUUGUGCUGUUGUUCCAAACUGCGACUCGGUUCCAUGCUCAGCUGGUGACAAGCUGCCAUCUUAGUUUGGGUUCACAAACGGAGUCCUAACCUGGUAAACUGGUUAAAACGACUGGAUCGAUGCUGUAGCGGUCGGAUUGAAAGAAGAGACUAAGAUGAUCAGAGUGUCUUUCGUUUGUCUUUAAGUUGAACAGAAACCGACCCGGGACCAGUGACCUGGACGUGACAGGCAGUGACAGCUAGCUUGGUAGCGGCUAACCUUCCAGAGCCAAGCAACUGCCUCCACUGUUACACAGCAUUUAAUUAGUGUGAUGAGAAGUUGUGUGUUUGGUAAUUACCGGUAGUUAGCAUGCUACUGCUACAGCUUUGUAAGUAAAUGACGAUAGUAACGGCACAUCGUAACAGAAAAUCACGUGUCAGAUGGAAGUGAAGGGCAGUUGGUGACGUGGCAGUGGAGCACCUGUGCAGGUAACAAGCGGUUGAAGUACCUCAGCCUCGCUGUGCUCGUGGUCCAAAAUGCCACGCUCAUUCUCAGCAUUCGAUACGUCCGCACGUUGCCGGGUGACCGCUUCUUCACAACGUCUGCCGUGGUCAUGGCGGAGGUCCUAAAGGUGCUGACGUGUCUGCUCAUCAUCCUGCUGCAGAAGAGAUUCAGUGUGAAGGAUACUGUGCUGCUGCUGCUCGACUCCAUCGUGCUCCAGUAUAGGGACACUUUGAAGCUGGCCGUCCCAUCGCUCAUCUACACUCUGCAGAACAACCUGCAGUACAUCGCCAUCUCCAACCUUCCGGCCGCCACCUUCCAGGUGACCUACCAGCUCAAGAUCCUCACCACGGCUCUGUUCAGUGUGUUGAUGCUGAGAAAGUCUCUGUCCAGAGUCCAGUGGAUUUCUCUUCUUCUGCUCUUCUCUGGUGUUGCCAUCGUACAAAUGCAGCAGGAGGGUAACAAGGAGGCGUCGGUGAAGGACAGCUCUGGUCAGAACUACAUGGUGGGUCUGGUUGCCGUGGUGAUCAGCUGCCUUUCGUCAGGAUUUGCUGGCGUUUACUUUGAGAAGAUUCUGAAGGGGAGCUCUGCGUCGGUGUGGAUCAGGAACGUGCAGCUGGGGAUCUUCGGCACCGGGCUGGGCUUGUUGGGAUUGUGGUGGAACGACGGCACCGACAUUGCUGAACGCGGCUUCCUGUUUGGCUACACCGACAUGGUGUGGUGUGUCAUCUUCAACCAAGCAUUUGGCGGCCUAUUGGUGGCCGUGGUGGUGAAGUACGCCGACAACAUCCUGAAGGGCUUCGCCACCUCCUUCUCCAUAGUUGUCUCUACGGUGACGUCCAUCUACCUGUUUGGUUUCCAUGUGGACCUGCUUUUUAUAGUGGGCGCAGGGCUCGUCAUCGGCGCUGUCUACAUGUACAGCCUCCCCAAAGGAUCCUCGUCCCCGAGCAGCUCCUCUGCCUCCUCGGCAUCUUCAGCAUCUCCAAGCAAAGACGAAGGCGCUGAGAUGGAGCUGUUUCUGCCAAAAGAUGAGGGAGGCAUCGCGGCAACUUCCACUGCCGUCCACCUCACAGACUAACGGCUCAGUGCAGCAGCAGGAGGAGACUGAAGCAGCGUCCCAGGAACCCUGACCACCGGCCUCUCUGCCUUAAAAUGUUCUCUAAUGUUGCCGUGCUUCACUGUGCAGCUUCCACAGACUUCAGCUCUGGCUGCUCACAUGCGUCCUCCACAUUCAGGCUGUCUGCAUGCGGCAGCAUUACAGCAGAUUUUAAACACAUCAGAACCCUGACGUUCAUUGUAGAGUGAGGGCCAAACCCAAUCAGCGCGAAUAACAAACCGUGUCAAUGGCUCAAACUCUGAAGGAUUCUGCCCAGUGAAGGUUUUGUAGCUCAGCGUUGGACUGUUUGUUCGGUGCCUUCUCUCAUUUGUAAAGAAGCCAUAAGGUUGUGUUGGUGUUUGCAACCAGUUCAAGGUCAUGGACAGAACAAGAGUGAGGUCGUUGUCUGAACUCACAGCAGCUGGAGCUGAGGGGGAACCAUUUAGUGACUCAUCAGAGUUUUCUGUUGGGUUGGUCCGAGUCGACCGGUUGGACGAAGCCAGGUUUGUCAGCUGAGCUGCUUCUUCCUGUUUAUGUUGCUGUUUCACUUUGGGAAGAAAGUUUAGUGUUGGGUUCCAAGUCU